AUGGCGCCCCCUACGGUGGAACACGUCAAAACGUGCGAAAAUUGCGCUCGGGGAAAAAUCCGAUGCAUCCGAGCGCCGGACUCUUCUGUAUGCGAUCGAUGUCGUCGUCUUGACAAGGAGUGUUAUUUUCGGCCCGCUCGAGCCCGCUACAAUCCCACCAAGAAGGGGACACGAGUGGAGGCACUCGAAGCAAAGGUUGAUGAGCUGUUGGCCCGGGUUGGUAACCAGCAGCACACUACACCCCAGCCCGAAGUUUCUUGUGUUGCGCCUGCUGAGACGAGAGGCCCGUCCAACACAGAUAAAACUCAAGAUGUGAUUGAUCGUGGGGUAGUCAGCUAUAGUGAUGCUGCAAAGAUGCUUGACUCUUUCCGGCAGACUUUGAUGCCAUGUUUUCCAUUUGUUAUCAUCGCGCCGGAAACGACGCUGGAUCAGCUUCGGGCAGAGAAACCGUUCCUCUUGCUGGCUAUCAUCAAGGUCUCCAUGUAUAGGGACAUUGCGGCCCAGCAAAUCCUGGAGGAAACAUUCCAAUCCGCGGUUGCAGAUCGAAUGAUAUUUUCCCAUGCUCCAUCGAUGGAUGUUUUACAAGGACUACUCGUAGCCUUGGCAUGGCUGCAUCAUCAGAUCCAGCAUAUGAGGUUUUCUAGCUAUCUCCAUCUUGCCUGGAGCGUUGUGGGUGAUCUGCGGCUUGAUCGAGUAUCUGAAACCCAGUCAUUUUAUUCACGGAUGGAUAUGAGCAAGGUGUCAUCAGACCAUCGCAGCACGAAACAAUCCAAAAACGAAAGCCGGAGGGCUUUGAUUGGAUGCUAUAUGUUAUCCUCAUGUCGAUCGACCAUGUUUCAAAAGGAUCGCAUGAUGACUCGUCUAUCCUAUGUCGAGAAGCAAGCAUUCGAGUUACUAGAAAAUGCCGAAACUGCCAGUGAUAGAUGUUUGAUACAUUUGGUCAAAUUGCAACAGAUAUUUGAGCGAAUCGACGAUGCCGUGGUGACUACCACGAAUCCAGCACGACAAAUUGAUAUGAAUGGGUUUCAAUCUGAGAUAAACGAGUAUAAAACGACUCUGCCCGCAACGUUCUCUGAUAACUCCCUUCUUCAGUUCAAUUUACACACCCUGCAACUUUUCCUAUGCCAGGCUUGCCUGUUCGACAAACAUGAAACGGCCUACAUCGCUACUUCAUCAUUGGCCCGUUCCCACGCUGAUUCUGGACUCCCGCCUCAUCUCCGAAGUGGCCAGCACCCACUGGAUCUAUCAGAUUUCCAAGUUGAGCUCCUAAGCCUUGGUCUCACUGAGUCGAAGAAGUUCUUUGAUUACUUUUUCAAGUUCUCCCCUGAGAGUUAUGGUGUUAUCAGCCAUACGCAAUGGCUGCAAACAGGAUUCAACUUGGUUUUAGGCUGCAAACUUGCCGUGACAGGUGCAAGAUAUGCCCCGCGAAAUCAACAUGUCGGGGCCUUGUGCUCCGCUCUGAAUAUGCCUCAAAUCUUGAGGGGAGCAUCACAACGGCUCCAAUGGUUGAGCAAGGAUAAAGUGGAUGCAGAUGGGAAGCGACAAUCAAAACACUUCUAUGAGGUAUGGGUGGAACAUAUCCUUGAAUGGUUUGAACAGAAGUAUCAUCUGGCGCAGCCUGAGGUCACAGUUACUGCUCCCUCUGGGAUACCGGAAAGUGGCUUGGGGCCAUCUGUGUUUGGCAACCCAUCACCUUUACAGGAUACACCUCUCAUGAGUGAAGGCCCUGGCGCCACACAAGGUGCACAUACUGAUGUGACUGCCUCGUGGCCGGACUUCCUCUGGGAUAUCAGCACAGAAGACAUACUGGGUGGGUAUAUGGGGUUUUUGGAUAUGCCAUACUCCACUUUACCAUCUGGUUACGACAUGCCUUUGCCUUGA